CCAACUGUCGCCGCCUGCUGCUGCUGGAGGAGAGGCGGUUAAAAUGUAAACAUUGGUGCUUCACCAUGGAGACUUUUCGAGUCGUUGCUCACUGGACUUCAUCCAUUUGUCAAAAAAACCUUUACCAAUCCAUGUGUAUUUGCUGAAUGUUAGUCUUUUUUAGCUGAAUAGUCGGUUCUUAAACGAAUCAACCGGACGAGAGUUAGCUAGCUGAUGCUAACCAAUGUAAGCUAGCGUUAGCAAACUUUAUAAAGUAAAGUAUUUUAGCUCUGUAAAUACCCUGCUACUGUCUCUUUAUGCAACUUGAUGGAGAACUAUACAGAGUUCGUGCAGCUUUGUCUCUCUAAACUGAAGAAAAAUGAGGAAGAAGUGGAGGAACACCGCAGACAUUCAUCAGCAUCAUCUCUGAUUCGCUUCUAUGGGCGACCCAUCCUUCCUCCACUGCUCUCAGGAAAACAGAGAGAAGAGGUGAGGCGACAAAGAGAUGAAGUACAGAAAGCUACAGUCAACAAAAAGCUGAAGGAUGAGCUCAGAAUGGCCCAUGUGCAAACUCUUCUGGACAGUGUUCAGCUAAAAAACGUGCCGACACUGCAGGAAUUCCUCCAAGAAGCGGAGAUUAAAGACGAAUCUUCAUUCUCACAUAACACCGGCAGGUUCUCUGUGUCCUGCAGUGAUGUUUCUAAUGCAACCAGGGAUAGUCUUUCACCCGCACCAGUCAGGAAGUUAAAGCAUAGCAUCUUUAUCCCUCCAAAGACCUCCACAGCGCACAGUGCCUUUUUUCCUUCAAAUGUGUCACCUCAGCAAAUGAACUACAAUGAAUACCUUGCUGACCAACUGGGCAGCCCACCACGAUCACAACCAUGUUCCUCUAAUGCAGGCCACCAGUCACUGUCUUCAGGUUAUGUGACUUGUGAGAAAAAGGACAGUGACACCACCACAUCUGGUAAAACUGACUUCAGGACUGUUAAAGAAAUGGACAACACAGGCGGGUUUUUCCUUUACAGCUCCACAAAUACAAUUGCCAAGAUGCCUGAUAUUAUCAACCAUCCUCCAAUAGAUGGAGAGGAAUUGGAGAGAGCUGGACUGGGAUCUUUCUUAUGCAGUGAUGCAACGGGAGCAGAAAAUGUCUGUAGCAUGUCUUUUUACAAUGGAUCAGUGAGAUGUGACUCUUUGAGAGCUGAAGAACCUGGACUCAGUCAUCCACACAGUCGGAAGGAAGAGAUCUACGACCCUUUUAUGGCCAAUCUAGACCCUGUCAAGAUUAACACCUCACAAAGAGAUGACGACGCCCUCUCUCUGUCAGACAAUCCAGAUUUACAGCAGCCAUUAAAUCUGACAGACGAAAUCAGCGUUCAGAAAGCCCCCAGCAAAGAAGAAACUGUCAAAAAUCAGAUCCAUGUCACGGACCUAAAUCAAUCUGAUGAGAUUCGUCCUCUAAGCCUCCAGUCCUUGCUAAAGAAGUCUCAGGAGUAUUUGCGGUGCCAGCGGAUGCUGAGGAACCAAACCAAAACCUCAAAAACCCACCAGGAGCAGCAAAGAGUUCAGGUGGAGGAGUCAAGCCUCUCUGAUAAAGAGAAUGAGGAGUUACAUCACAAGGGCAAUGAGAUUGUAGAGGGGAAGAAAACUAAUGUGAAGAGAGGUGCUUUCAUCCCGUCAGAGCCACAAAAGAAAUCCUGGGAAGCCAAUCCGGAAGCCCCAAAUAUAGCAGAAGAUGGGAAAAAACGUUUAAGCUUUGAAGAAGAAAUCUCCUUGAACAAUAAGCGUAACCGUUCUCCAGAGGUCCUAAUGAUACCUAAACAGAUCAGCGUUUCUAUCCAACAGCAGCCUGGGUCAGGGUUAACUUUCACUGAGACUCCCUGUCUCUCAUCUUUUGAUGGAGGAGUUGGGAAAUACCGCUCUGUUCCAGCCCCACGCUUCUGUCUGAGUCCUGUUUUCUUCAAAAGUAAAGCAGUCGACCCUGCAGGAUGGACAGAACCCAAAUUGGAUUCCAGUUCUGACUUUAGUCAAAUCAGAGUCGAGGACCUUAAGCUGGAUCAGCGCAGCCUGACAGCGGCUUCCUCUGCUGUGAAUCAAAUGGAUUUUGAAGAUGCCACAAGCGUUUUUACUAAAAACUCCCUGCAAAUCAAUCAACUGGAGUCCAACCUGUGCAGCCUGAAGGUGCUGAUCUCAGAUUUGGAGUCCACGGUGAAAGAGAACUUUGACAAUCAGAGCCGACAUGACAGCAGCACGGAGGAGAACUCUGUAAGCAGCAAGGACUUAAGCCAAAUUGAAAAAGAUGGUCCAGAUAAAUCCACCGGCUGUUUGGAGGACACACAGGGGGCUGCUGAUGGAGAAGACGAUGAAGUCGAUGAGCUAAAGCAAAGACAAUCAUUCAUUCAGUUUAAGAACAUUGAUAUUAAUGCGAGACCUGAACCAAGGACGUAUAGCAGAGACGAUGUUUCCCCCAGAGGUUCACAGAAAAUGUCUGAAAUCCUUAAACAAUGCAAACAUCCAGAAGGAGGAAGCAAUAGUUAUCCACAGCAGGGCAUCCGCAGAAAGGUGCAGCUACCUUCCACAAGUAGACUAUCUGUAGCACAGCAGAUGAGAGUACCCAGUAUUUUUCGAAAUGCUACUUCUCUUAACUUUCCUGCUUGUGACAUUUCCUGUCGGGGUCCCCAUCUUCAGGAAAGAAAGGGAAAUAUAACAUCUGAAUCCGAGGGCCCUGUCCCCUCACCAUCUCUCAAUCGAUCCUAUGAUGUGGACACACCAUCGCCCCUUUGGUUCCAGGAAGGAUCAGGGUCCAUUAGCUGCUCACAGGGUAGUCACAGUCUGGAGAGCGGGCGUGAGGAUCAGGCGGGGUUAUCUAAGGUCAAACGGAGACUUCUCAUGCAUGUGACCGAGGGGAGCCAGGAGAAGAAUGGAAGCACGGAUCUAGCCGACUGCAGCACUCCAAAAGCUGCGGUGCAACGGUCUGAAGGCAUUCAGAAGAAGCAGCAACUGAUAUGUAAGCAAGAACAGCUGAAACGGAUCCAUGCUGCUCAAGUCAGAGCCCUGCAAGAGGAGCACAGGAAGCAGCAGGAAGAACUUCUACAGGUGUUGGCAGCAUCUUACCGUCUCCUGCAGGACGCGUCUCCCUGCUCCACAUCAGGCUCUCGGUUUGGGGACACAAUGACCUUCUACAACCUGUCUCAGCAUCCAAGCCCGCUCUUGCAGCGCUGCCGCCCCCUGCUGGCUGCAACCGUGAAGGGUUUUCUAACUCGGAGGCUGCUGAGGACAGAGAGGGUGAUGCAGCUGGUCCGAACUGUCAGGGACAUGCAGCAGUUCCUGCAGACCCUCCAGCAGCAGGUCACUGCCAGAGGAGAGCACUGUAGUAGGCAAGAAUUAUUACUGCAGGAGAGAGUCUCUCUGCAGCUGCGGGCCGCCCGUUACGAGGUUUACGACAUAUUCUUCAGUCUGUCAGCCAGAGAGCAGAUGCAGCUGAUCAGCUGGGACAGAGAGCUGGCCAGGGAGAAGCAGCUCAGACGGCAGAAAGGACCUGCAGGUUAUCCCCGAGGAAAGUGCUCUCUGUCAGCGGCCACACAGAAAUCCCUGGAGAGGAAGAGAGAAAGGAUGAUUCAGGAUAAGGCUGCAGAAUGUCACAGGAGGGCGGUGCAGACCGGCCAAAAGUCUGGAUCCACCACCAAAAAAAACCACUGGACACAAAACAAGGACAGUUUAAAGCAAAUCAACAGAGAGUUCCCAAAAGCGUUUACUCAUCUAGACCUCGAUGACACUUUCCUAAUUGGCCCCAGUGAGAGCUCCUCUAACGAUGCCCAUAGCCAACUGAAUGAAUGGUAUACAACAAACACUUUAGAUGAGAACUCUAAAUGGAUGUCGUUGCUGACCGUCCCCCUGGAGGCACAGAUAUAGAGAUGCUGUUCCAGUAAAAUUCUUUUUCAUUUCAUCUGUUCAAAAAUAAUAAAUGCAACCUGUUAAGAAGAUCUACUACUUUUACAGUUUGCCUCCUAAUUUAUGGCUCGAUUGGACACUUAUUGGGAAUUUUUUUCUUAUCUCAACUGAAUCCACUCAUCUUCAGGGACCUCAUUUUGCUAAAAUUGAGUUUUACUAUUUUAGAGUUAUUGAGUGCACUGGUCCUAAACAAAGAAAGGUUGUCAUAUGCCAUCAAUCAAAGUCAGGUAAUAUGUGGAGGGUGUGCCAGUUGUCAUAUUAGAAAUAUUACAAUAAGAUAAAUGGGACAGUAAAUGUAUAGUAUAUAUUUUUUAUAACAUAUUUUACAUGUAAAAGUGAUAUAUUGAUAUUAAAGUUGAUGUAAAUGUGUUUUUCACCUUUUCUUCAUGGUUCCGUUGCUUCAGUGCAAUUGUUUAAAAAUAUAUCCCGCUAUCUUAGUAAACAGACUUUAUCUGUAUGGUUUUUCAGCAUGUAGAUUGUUUUUCCACCCCCGCUGCCUUUUUUGGAUAAAGAUGAUUGAUUUUGUCAUUUGGUUCUAUACUGUAGUAUAGGACCAUGAAAUCAUUUCAUAUUUUUAGAAUUACAAAUUUAAUUUUAAAUUAUAAUUGACACAUUUUGACCAUUUGAUGUGUUGUAUUUUUCAUAGUUUAAGCAUAGUUUUGCUCUCAGAACCUUCACAUAUCAACCUGUAGCCUUAAGAUUUUGUACCAUUUGUUACAGAUUUUUAACAAUAUUUGUAAACUUUUACAAUUUUACAUCCUUGUUUUCUAAAG